UGCUGUACACUAUGCGGCUGCGUAUUACAGCCAUAGAAUAUACACUUAAUAUAUUAGAGAAUUACAGCUUUUUAGUAAGAUGUCAGCGUGGUGUGUUAUUAUCAUGGAGUUAAUAAGUAUCUAACAGUGUGUUUGUGACUAUUUUUAUAUCUUGUUGUGCUAAAUAAUAAAUUUUAUAAGAUGCCGAAAACUAAUGCCGAAAUGUGUCGUCAAUAUCGACGCAAAAAAAAAGAAAAUAAAAUUAAAAUGAAAAAAAAUCCAGGAAAAAGUUCAACAGAACGUAGUCGCGAGUUUCGUGCACGUAAAAAACAAUUAUUGAACAAUCAAAAUAGAUGUUCAAAUAUAAGUGUUAAUGUGACUGAUGUAAUAAAUGAAGAAAAUCAAAUGCUGAACGCGCUAAAAGAGAACCAAUUGAUAGAAGAAAUGACAUCAAGUAAAGAACUCUGGGCAUAUAUGAAGACUCAUUUUGAAAGUAACAGAUUGCCGUGGUACCACAUGAAAACUUUAGUACUGAACAAGCUGAAGAGACUUUAUGCGGCAGAUGAUAAGAGUGAAAAUGUAUCGGCUAAGGACCGAAUGUCCCAGAUGGAUUGGAUUAUAUUUGACUUUGCUCUCGUCCAUGAGAAAAUAGAUCUAAUUGAAAUGAAUGGUAUGAGACGUCAAACUCAGGAUCGUCAGCCGUUGAUUGAUCUCUUCGAGCUGGUGACGAAGUUUGACAUAGAGGACAGGUCCGGAGACAGUCUGGCCGGCGCCUGGACUGCGGCCACCGCCCUCUACAACUCGAGAGGUCAUCAGUGCUCACCGAUGCUACUGCAGAAGCGUUGGUAUCAGCUGAAGGAGGUGACCAGGGAAUCGCUAUAUGAGUACUGGUACGCCUCCCGCGAGAACUCUCCUUCGUCGGCCGAGUCUAUACAAAGACCAACCAAAUUACAGAGAGCUGUUGCCCGGAAAUACCCGUCAAUAAUAACCAGUGCGUUUCCGGAAUGGCGAGAACUGAUCGAGAACAGACUUGUAAUAAUGUCUGAAGACUUCGCGAGCGAGGGUACGGCCCAUCUGAUGGAAAAGGAGAAUUGGAUGAACAACACGGCAGCUUCUAUAGACACUGAAUCUAAACCAGACUUAGAAGUCAUUGAACCUUUCAUAGAAACAAUAGAUACGGAUCACGUACAAAAACCGAGACAAAUUACUGUUGAUGUUGGGUCGAAUAAAGAGCCAAGACAUUCUGCAGAACGUGGUCGAAAAUUCAGCUCACGAAAAGCACUGAUUAAACAACAAAGUAAUCACCAACAGGAACCAGAUGCUAUAGCUGAAAUUGGUGUAGAAGAUAUUCAAAGUGCCGGUCCAUCAGAAGACAAUCAAGUCUCUGAACCCUCUGAAAUGAGGACAAUAGAAAAAAGAGCAAAGUCCGCAGAAUCAACACGGCGAUGGAGAGAGAGAAAACAAGGCAUUAGUACAUCAACAAAAAACCAGGCGAAGACUGCAGCUCAACGCAUGCGAGAAUACCGGGAGAGAAAAAAAGUUAAUAAAACGUCUGGAAGUAAUGAAGAACAGUCAGAACUCAGUGAUUCAACUUUGACUUUGAAAUAUGAAAUUACAAAACACCAAAUGGCUCAUGAAAAUUUUGAUCGAAAUUUCCAGAAAAAUCCCUUUGUUUAUUCAUGUACAGACCUUAAAAAGGCAUCUGCCAUUUAUGAAGAUCAGUUGAAGAAAAUAACGUUCGUCAUGCCCAAAUCGUCGACGAGUCGAUCUGAAGAAGAUCGACUUCGGAAAACUACAGCGGCAGAGAAAAGGGCAGAGCGAAAUCGACGAUACAGAGCGCGGCAGAGAGCUCUGUGGAAUGCGGCAGCUCAGCAAAUUGCAUGCGCGCACAAUGCAACAGGGAGUAGAGAUCGCGUCCAUGAACAAACUUCGAUGAAUGAUAGAGUUUAUGAGCAUGAACAAAAGAAGAUAUCCAGGAAAAAGCCUGCGCUGACGGGAGCGGAACGUGCUAGAAGAUUCAGGGCGUCACGAAGGGCUCGAAAAAAUGCGUCUAAGUUAGCCGACAGUAAUCAGCCGAUGAUUGUCGAUGAGGAAAAGAAGAAAUGGACGAACAACGCAGAAGCUUCUAUAAACACUGAAUCUAAACCAGACUUAGAAGUCAUUGAACCUUUCAUAGAAACGAUAGAUGUGGACCAAGAUUUGGACAACGAAACAAGGAAGCACAGGAGAAGAAGCGAAGAGAACACUGAAACCAAUGGAAUGAUUAUUGAAAUAAAAUCCGAACCUAGAGAUUUUGAAGAUCUGGCUGACCCAUUGCAAACUAUCAAAAUACCAUUACUUUUACACACCGGGAAAACAGAACAGUUGAUCGAAAAUGAAACAUGCAAUACUGAUUUUGGUGAAGAUAUGAUAAAGACUGAAAAAAAUACAAAUAUUAUCCCUACUCUUGAUUACCUUCGCGAAAUUACAAAAAAUUCAAGUGAAAUGAAAGCCAUAUUUAUUGAGGAAAUAGAACCGAAAAUUGCCGGUGUUUUCGGCAACGUGAAUGAUACUUAUGAUAGUAAAGAUCCACGAGCUACAAAAGUAUGUGAAGAUGAAGCAAUGCUUGAAGAAGCAACUAAAUGUCACCGAGAUGCAAUCAACGAUGCGUCUAAGGCAGUAGAUCCACAAGAAAGAAUCUUGCAAGACACAAAUACAAUAUUAAAGUCUGAAAUGGAAGAACACUUGCAUUUGAAUAUUUUUGAUAACGUGAUAGAAUUUGUCGAUAACAAAGUCCAAUAUAUUGAAAAUGAUCACGUAAAUACAGUGCACGUUAUUCAGACCAAAAACGAUUUCACUUUACAAAGUCGGUUAAGUUGUGAACAUGGAAAUAGUGCAUUGACUUCUGAAUUAAAAUGUCUCUUUGAUUUGAAAGAAGAUGCAAUGAAAAUGUCAAAAAACAAGCCGCAGGGUCGUAACUUAAAAGACAGUUUAAAACAACCGAACAUUUCAGAAAUACAAACUGAUGUUAAUAAGACUACGAAUCGAAUUAAUUCUGACGUUAGUAAUACAAUGAACAACACUUUGUUCUUAGAAAGUAAAUCUGAUGCACAAAGCGAAACUAGAACCGACGAUAGUAUGAAAGUGAAGAUGUCUAGUCACUUAUUUCAUAAACCCCGAAAUCGUUCGUAUGAUCCUACACAGCUUUGCAAGAAUCCGGACUUUAACAAGAAGUUGAAAAGAUUAACGAAUGCAUUCUUAAGUUCGCCGCGUAACAGGGUACUGCUCAAUGCUUGCAGGCCGAUCACUGUUGAUGUAAUGAAGGCGAUUGAAUCCAAACUGUUCAACGGUACAGUGUACUUGAAGGACUGCGACCAACUGAACUCGCAUGUUCCAGACCGCGGCGCCGUUAGCCACACUACGACGCGGGUUCCUUCAACAAUCGCUUCCCGGAGCUCUACAAAUAUUCGUUUAGUCAAUCCUGAUCAUUUAAUGUCGCUAUCGAAAUGUUACACUACGAAUUUAACACAAGAAAGUUGCGGUGAUGCGAUGGAGAUAAACAGGAAGAUCAAUCAACCAGAUAUAACAGAAGUUCCUUGCUCAAAUCAAAGUUGGCUGACAAUUGAAGUACCUUCCCUGACCGUGCGAACUAAUAAUGAAAGUAUAGCUGCAACUCCAGAACUCAAUUCAAACCUAUCGUGUACAGAAACAGAAACCGGUAUUUCGUCCAAAAAGAUACCAAGAAAAGAACUUUCAGUUGUGAACGAUUGUUUUCUUACCCACGACAUCCUCAACAAAAUGUUAGUAAAAAUGGAUGAAGAUGAACAUAAUUCUUCCAGAGUAACUUUUGGUAUAUCGUCUCGGAGACUGAAGCCAAACACAAAUAAAACCAUGCUUAAGAAAAACAAAAGUAUUCCCAAUGUUGAAAUACAAACCUGUAGGUCUCCUGCACAAAAUACAACAAAAAUGGUGUCAGCUGUCGAACUACUGAGUGAGCGAAAUUAUUCCCCGGCGAAUGACAGCCUUAUCAUGGCAGACAACAUCGUGGUCGACAGUGAAAGUCAAAUCGUUAAACCGGUAUUCGCGCGGGAACAAUACCAGACCGACAAACAUGAAAUGAUAAAUACGACAUCUAACGUAAAGACUCUAGUGAUAGAACCAAUCUUCAUUCAUGUUGCCAAACAGUCUAAAAAACUUAUGUUUUUGGCGUCGCUUGCGUCUCAACAAACGUUAGAUAAACGGAAAGCAAUAGAUGAAACUUCUUACGUUAAUGUAGAUAAUAACUACGACGACAUCACUGGAAAGAUCGUAAAAGUUGACGGAAAUUUCGAUCUAAAUAAAAGUAUCAAUAAUGCAAGCCCUUCCCACAUGGCUGUGGGAAUUUGACACAUAAGUAAGCCACGUGUAAAAUAGAUGUAAACCACGUGAUGUAUAAUAGUUAGAAGCAGGACAGAAUUUGGAUAUGUUCAAAAUAAUACGACAGAUCCAAAUGUAAAGAAACCAGUUAAAAGUAUUCACGGUAUUCAUCCCGCAUAUGUGUCUGAUACUAAAACAGUAAGAUGUGUAAAAUCUAUAUAGACAUUGUAUAUAUAUACAUAUAUUAGGUGAAUCAACAUGGAAAAUCGCUCCAUGUGUCGAACUGGAUGUACAACAAAUCAAAUCACUACUUGUUGUCAAACAAGCAGUGCAAGAAAACUUAUUGAAAGUGGUAUUAUUAUUCCUUCAUCCCAAAGAGGUCAUUUCAGUUAAUGCUGAAAUUGCAAAGAACGAAACUGAAAUUUGAGCAGAUAAUAAUGUCAAAGCACUGGAAGAAGCUAACAAUGUGAAUAAUGAAAAACCUAAAACAGAUAAACUAAAACAUUGCAAUGAUUCAUUUUAAUAAAGAUGCUAAUGUUGGUGUCCGGGAAGCAAGUGGCACAAGGAUUGUCGAUCCUAAAAUUAACAUUCAUAGAAUUGAGAAAUGUAAUAAUAAUAAUAUAAUAAUAAUUUAAUUUCAUGUA